AUGCUACCACCCAUUCCCGUUCUUGCCGACUACGGCAUCAGUCCUACUCGCGGGUUUUUGCCUCAGAGAUUACCACUAACACGACUCCCGGAUCCUUACUACAACAAAUGGGAGGCCAUUGUCGCGAAUCUUCAGGCGCUAGUCCUGAGUCGCCGGUUGCGAGGCGUUGUCGAUCGUCUCCCGGUUCUGACUACAGAGGGUCUUGAACACGACGCCGAGUGGCGGCGCGCCUACUCUCUGCUUUGCUUCAUGCUCCAUGGAUACAUCUGGGGCGGCGACUCACCUGCCGACCGGGUGCCUCCGUCAAUCUCCAUUCCCUUGCUUGAGAUUUCCAACGCCCUUGAGCUUCCUCCGGUUGCUACAUACUCAGCCUUGUGUCUCUGGAACUUCAAGCCUCUGUUUGUGGAUGAGGACAUUGAUAACUUGGAAAACCUUGCCACCCUCAACACCUUUACCGGCUCUACCGAUGAGUCGUGGUUCUAUCUCGUGUCCGUGGCAAUCGAAGCCCGUGGCGCGCCCAUCAUUCCCCUUAUGCUCACUGCCAUGGCCGCCGCGCGCCACAACGAUGCCCCUACUGUUACUCGAUGUCUGCGGGCCUUUGCUGAGCGGCUAACAGAUCUCACCACUUUACUGCAAAGAAUGCAUGAAAGUUGUGACCCAACAGUAUUUUACCAUCGCAUCCGGCCUUUUCUUGCUGGGAGCAAGAACAUGGGUGAAGCUGGUCUACCCCACGGGGUUAUCUAUGAAGAUGGAAGUGGCAACGAGAUCUAUCAACAGUACAGUGGUGGGAGUAAUGCGCAGAGUAGCUUGAUCCAGUUCUUCGAUGUCGCACUGGGUAUUGAGCACCGCCCCACAGGCAAGCAACAGGACUCGUCUCCCGCUGCUGCUCGUGAACCGUCUCAGAGGCACAACUUCAUCCGCGAAAUGAGGCAGUAUAUGCCCGGCCCUCAUGCUCGGUUCCUAAACGAUGUGUCUUUAGUGUCAAACAUCAGAGAGUUCGUGCACGAUAACCAGCAGGAUUCUCAACUCAGCCUUGCAUACGAUGCCUGCCUCUCCAUGUUGAGCUCAUUCCGCGAUAAGCACAUCGCCAUCGUCACAAGAUACAUCAUUACCCCAUCACGGGAAGUCCGCGCCCGUAGUCGAUCCCGCAGUCCUGAGGUUACGAGACAGCGUCUCAAUCUCGCAGUCGCUUCGCGCAAGGAAUCGAACCGCGGUGACCAGAAAGGGACUGGCGGCACAGCCCUGAUUCCAUUCUUAAAGCAAGCACGUGAUGAGACCGGUGAGCCCGCAGUCGAGGACUGGGCCAGGCGUUUCAUGAAGCGACAAAUUAGAGCCGAAGGCCAGGGUGACUUCUUCAUGGGGAAGGGGGAUGAUGGACUCUCUCUCCAGUCAGAGGAUGUGGAGGUCAAGGGGCUAGCUGGUUCCUGGACAAUGGAUGAUGAAGUCGGUGGUAUAUGCCAAUAUUAG